GUGGGUGACAGUGAACGACAGAGCGAGGAAAAAGAGAACACUGAAAAAAGGAAAAACGAAGAGUAAAUUGCUGCAGUCAUGGACUUGCGCUCAGAACUGCUGAAGUCCAUUUGGUACGCUUUUACUGCUCUGGACGUGGAGAAGAGCGGGAAGGUGUCCAAGUCUCAACUUAAGGUGUUGUCUCAUAAUCUUUAUACAGUUUUGAGUAUCCCACAUGACCCAGCAGCUCUAGAGGAACACUUCAGAGAUGACGAUGAUGGUCCAGUCUCCAGUCAGGGAUACAUGCCCUACCUCAACAAAUAUAUCCUGGAUAAGGUGGUGGAAGGCACGUUUGUUAAAGAGAACGUCGAUGAGUUGUGUUGGACACUUACAGCCAAAAAGAACUAUAGGCCAGAAGGAAAGAACGUCCUGCCUGGGACGGAUGCAUUUCGUAUGUGGUGUCUCUUCAUAUUUCUCUCGGAGGACAGAUACCCUCUAGUCAUUGUCCCAGAUGAGGUUGAGUAUUUGCUGAAGAAAUUAUGCAUGGCUAUGAGUGUCGAGCUGAACUGCGUCGAACUCGAGGACUUUAUUUCCCAAGAUUCUGUUCAGCAGAAUGGCUUCACCGUCUGGGCCUUUCUGCAGAUGAUGAAUUCUGGGAAACUUACGAGAGGCAUUGCCAAAGAAACCAUCAGCAUGGCAAUAGAGGAGGUAUACAGGGAAAUAGUAGGCGAUGUGCUGAAAGAGGGAUAUCUGUGGAAGAAGGGUCAGUUGAGGAGAAACUGGACCGAGCGGUGGUUCACAUUGAGACCCAGCAUUUUAGUUUACUUCACCAGCGAAGACCGCAAGGACCGCAAAGGCAACAUCCAAUUAGACGGAAACUGUUGCGUAGAGGUUCUUCCUGAUAGAGAUGGGAAGAGGUGCAUGUUUUGUAUAAAGACCCUCACCAAGACUUAUGAACUCAGCGCUUCGGACACCAAACAGAGACAGGAGUGGACGACAGCCAUCCAGACAGCGAUCCGGCUACACGCGGAGGGUAAAAACUCUCUUCAUAAAGAUCUGAAGCUGAAAAGGCGCGAGCAGAGAGAACAGAGAGAGAAGAGACGAGAAGCAAAGGAGCAGGAGCUCCAGCGUCUGCGAGCUCUCCAAGAGGAGCGGGAGCGCAAGAUGGCCGAGCUUGAACUCCUGAAGGAGGCGCAGAGGCAGGCGCAGGCGGUUCUGGAACAAGACGAGGAACGUAGACGUCAACAACACGACCAGCUUCAGCGGGCCCUGGAGAUCCAACUCAAAGAGGCAGAAGAGGCCCGGGCGAGCAUGCAAGCAGAGAUGGCGCUGAAAGAAGCAGAAGCCGAGAGGCAGAGGACACGAAUUAAAGAACUAGAGGCCAUGCAACAGCGAUUGGAGGAAGCUUUACAACAGGAAAUCAAAGCCAGACAGGACGAAGAGGCCUUCCGCUACGCGCAGGCUCGGCUGCUUGCCGAGGAAGAGGAUAAGAUGAAGGCCCUUAUGACCCUCCGUGAGGAGCAGGAGGAGUACAUCCAGCGGGCUCAACGGGAAAAACAGGAACUUAAACAGGAGAUGGAGACUAAGUCUCGAUCUCUAGAUGAGGCACAGAGACAGCUGGAGGAGGUUAGAGCCAAUCGACAUCGAGUGGAUCAGGAUGUUGUGGCCGCCCAAAGAAAGCUUCGUCAGGCUAGCACCAAUGUUAAACACUGGAACGUCCAAAUGAACAGAUUAAUGCAUCCCAUCGGACCAGGAGAGAAAAGGCAGUCUGGAGUGGGAUCUUUUUCCAGCAGCUUUCGUAUCCCUUCACAGAAGGACCCCGGACUGCGUUUGAAACAGAAAAGCGAGGACCAGAAUGAAGAAAGCAAAGAAAACGUGGAAAACAUAUCAGGAUGCGAAGCCGACAAGCGACUAUCGCAAAAUUCCAACGGAAACAUGGAAAUUCCUUGACAACCUCAUGCACGCAUACAUAAAUCUCACAAUGUACAAAGGACUGAAUUUCAAAUUUGAGUUUUGAGAAAGUUGUGCUUUUGGAAGGUGCCAAAAUGCUUACACAUUUGCUGUUUGUUAAUAUGUUGGUACUCGUAGUUUUGUACACUUCAUCUUUUUUUAAUAUUAUUAUACUGUAGUUGGUAAAUAAUUGUCUGGUUUACACCUGAGUUGCCGUUAUGUAGAUUAAAAUGUACACUGAAUAAAUAUAAGACAUUUUUCAAGAUGUUUCCUUUUGGUGAAAAUGGACUUUAUGCUGUGUCCUCUGUAUGCAUUUGAAUGUGGUGCAUAGAGAUUUGCAGGAGUUAAUGCACGUAGAGAGGAUUUCUUGCGAGAGAGGAACAUGUAAGAGAGCUAAAGCAUCUGUGGUUUUGAGAACUUCCUGCUUCUACAGUCAGAUAACAAACCCAUGAAGACAGCUACGUGGCACAUGUACCUUACAGUUAAAUUAAAUACUGUUUUUGCUAUUGAUAAACACGGUUCUUAUUCAGAAGUCAGUUUUAGAAAAUUUGAGGGAUGAAAAACAAAUACACUACUGUUCAAAGGUUUAGGGUCACAUACUUAUAUUUUUAAUUUCAUCCACAUUUUAGAAUAAUAAUACAAUUAUUUAAAAAAUGCAAAAUGUACAAAAAUAUUGGAUUACACAAAUUAAUUUGUGACAAAAAAAAUUAAAGGUAUGCCUGACAUCACCAUAAUUGUUCUCUUGGCAUUUUAUCAAACAGGUUCUUGAGGUCUCACCAGGU